AUGGCCCCCGAGCCUAUUGUUGACCAUGACCCUGUUCUUGAUGAUGCCCCAGCCGAUGCACCGCCUGAUAUGGGUGCACCAACCAUUGCACCUCUUGUUGAUGAUAUACCUAUUGCUGAUCUUCCCGUUGUUGCUCCACCAUUGGUGGAUGAUCCUGUUGUUGAUGCACCGUUACCUAAUCCCGUCCCGGAUAUACCGCCACCUCGUCCUGGAGAGGGGUCAUCGAGGCAGCCGCCUGUUUCUGUUCCACCCGUACUGUCAUCAUCUUUACCGUUCACAUCUCAGUUUCCUCAUGUUGCACCACCUACUGCACCGUCUUUCAUACCAUCGAGCGAGCCAUUUUUGUGGACUACGCCCCCUAUCAUGCCAUUGUCUGAUCCGUACCACCCGUACCAUGUUGGGUACUCUACGGAGGACAUACUUACAUCCUUGAUGAUACAGCAGGAUGCAUUGACACGUCGUAUUCAGGAGUUGGAAAGAGCUCCACGACCACCUUGUCACUGUCAGACCCCAUCUGCAGCACCGCACACUCCUCGUCCGCUUUCCCCUGACUCAGACGUUCGUUUCUUGACAUUUGAGCAGCAGAUUGCAUAUUUGCUGCGCAUGACUAGAUAG